GACCUGAGUUCGUAACUGCAGUCCUAGGACCAGAGUUUGAAACCCUAGGACCAGAGCUUGAAACCGAAGUCCUAGGACCAGAGCUUGAAACCGCAGUCCUAAGACCUGAGUUCGUAACCGCAGUGGGACCACAGGGACUGAAACAUGGGACCGGACUGCCUUGCAUAUUAGACUGGACUACAGGGACUGAA